AUGGCGUCUCCCUCCGCUCGCCGAAUCUUCCCAAUCUCCGACUGGGCUCCAGCCCACGAGGCCUUGUACCUAGAAGCCGACAACGACUCGUCCAUCGACACCCUCCCUUUCCCCCCCAAGCCACGACAGUCCUCCUACACGCCCUCUCCCUCGUCUUCCUCGUGCUGCGCGCCCCUCCCUCGACGUAGUCACACCACAAAACAACACCGAAGCAUGUCGUUGCCCUGGCGGCCCAAGUCUCAGAUCAUCUCGCCCAGUGACAUCGAGGCCAAGUUCCCCGACUUCUCCCUUGAUCGCACCCAGACGGCCGCCCAACUGGCCACCACACACUCUGGCUCUGCCUCUGGCUUAGGGUCAGUCUCGGGUUCUGGCUCUGGAUUUGUUGAAUACGAGAGCACAUCAUCAGACCUCCCAGGUGCCGUCAAGGGAAAGGGUAAGGGUAGGAUCAGUGGCAUCUUCAGACGCGCGUCUGUCUCCCUCAAGGGCCUGGUGCACCGUCGAACCUCCAUCGCUACAGACACCUUCGAAGAUCCCCGCGAGACAACCCGACACCAGCAGCGAUCGAGCCACGCCCCUUCGCACUCAUACCACCACAUCCAGACCACUCCAGCCUCGCCCCAGGCAGGCUCCUCCUCUCCCUCCCGAGCAGGCGCACAGCAGUCUCGUCCGACAACAAGCCACGGCAUCAAUGCGACGUGGCACCGCCUGCGACAGGCUACUAGUUUCCGACAAUCUCGUGUCCUGUACGGCGACUUCACAAUGCACGGCCACGAAGUCCCCUACCAGCCCCAAGACGACCUCCCUUACUCCGUCCCAAGGCCCGGCGUGGGCGGCGAGCCGCCUGUCAUACCCCGGCAUGGAGGUUCGGGCGCACGAGCUGCCGCCGCUGCCUGGCAGCACGACAUGUUUCCCACUGUGCACCCGGUGGGACGAGCCGACAUGCCAGUCUUGAAGAACAAGCGAUUGACCCUCGAUUCGACCCAGACCGAUCGGGAAAGUGGCAUUGGCAUCGCUGUGACCAGCCACGACUCCGAGGCUGGUGACCUGCAGGAUCUGGACAUGGUGACGUCCGACGGGGCACAGGUCCUUUAUGGCUGUGCUCCAGAGAUCAGCAGGAUUGACUUUAUCGACAGGUUGCCUGCAGAAUUGGCGAUUCAAGUGCUGGCCCAUCUAGACGCGGCGGAUCUGGCCAGGUCAAGUCUAGUCUCUAGGCCCUGGCAGGAGAUGGUAUCCUCCCAGCACAUCUGGAGGGAGUCUUACCUUCGUGAGAAGACCGGCACGUAUGCUACAAGCAGUCCCGUGCAGCCAGGCUCAGGACUAGGCGUGCCGGCUAUCCAACCGAACAUCAAUUGGAAGGACGCGUACAGGGUCACCGAGGAGCUGGGCCAGAGAUGGAAGCGGGGGCAGGCCACGUCGAUCUAUCUUAACGGGCACUCGGACAGCAUAUAUUGCUUGCAAUUUGAUGAGCAAAAAAUCAUUACCGGUUCCCGCGACAAGACGAUCCGCAUCUGGGACAUGCAUACCCUGGCGUGUAAGCUGGUCAUCGGUCCUCCCGAGGUUGUGAAGGACAACGCUUUGCUCUACGAUGAGGAUGGCAAUCCAACACACUCAGCGACCCAUGAGCCGCAUACGGGAGCGGACGCCGAGCAGAACCGCACGACUUCCGUUCCAACCACCGUCUCUUUCCAGACCCACCACAAGGCAUCCAUUCUCUGCCUUCAGUACGACGACAACAUCCUCGUCACUGGCAGCUCCGACGCCUCAUGCAUCGUGUACGACGUCAACGGCGGGUACCGUCCUGUGCGACGUCUGCGCCAUCACACUGCUGCCGUGCUUGACCUUUGCUUUGACGACAAGCACAUCGUGACCUGCUCCAAGGAUAUCAGCAUCUGCGUAUGGGAUCGGGAGACGGGUCAGCUCCUGAAACAACUCAGAGGACACAGCGGGCCAGUCAAUGCGGUGCAGAUGCGCGGCAACACGGUUGUUUCCUGCAGCGGGGACUUCCGCGUCAAGCUGUGGAACAUUGACACCGGCAAGCAGAUCCGAGAGUUCCAAGGCCACACCAAGGGUUUGGCAUGCAGCCAGUUCAGCGAGGACGGGAGAUACGUGGCCAGCGCUGGUAAUGACAAGGUGAUUCGUAUCUGGGACGCAAACACGGGCGAAUGCCUCCGGGAAAUGAAGGCUCACGAGAGCUUGGUGCGGUCCCUGCACAUAGAUAGUGUUUCGGGACGACUCAUCUCCGGCUCCUAUGAUACCGACAUCAAGGUGUUCGAUAUGGAGACGGGCCGUCAAUUGCUGGACUUUCCUAGGUGGCAUGCCAGUUGGGUGUUGAGCGCCAAAUCCGACUACCGCAGGAUCGUGUCUACUGGACAAGAUCCGAAGAUCUUGGUCAUGGACUUUGGUGCCGGCAUCCAGGGGAUCGACAUGCUCGAGAGUGACUCGGCCAACAGGGUCGCGAUGGAGGAGAGCAAGGUGGUCGCUGACGUUCAAGAGGACGGCGGCUACAUCUGA